UUAGGUCGGACAAUAUGGUGUGUUCCACUAAACACUCCUGACAGAGUUUAAUGUAAUUAUCGGAUUAGAGUGUCGCUGCUCCGACGCUGCAAAUAUUUACUACUACACCGAGGACGGAGGUUGGUUUCAGGCUGUCAGGCGAUUUCAAAACGCCCUGUUUCGACACGAUCUCUUAAACUGUUAACGUUAUUGUGGAACUGCUAUUUUUACGCCACACAGUGGAACGCGUUACGCACAGCCAAAGACGCACAAGAGGAGAUGACAAGUGUAACUUCAAGGCGGAUGAAAUAACAACUCUUGGCGGUGUGACCAAUCCCAGAGGCUUCAAAAAGGACCAGUGCCAGCCAUUCCGUCCAGAAACCGUCCACUUUUUCUGUUAUGUCUGUCUCCUCUUUGCCGGAAUGGAAGCAACUCCUGCUGGAGAGAAAGAGGCGAGAGGAGGAGGAGCGAGAGAGGAGGGGGAAAGAGGAGGAGGAGAAGCUUGCCAGCAUGCCUGCCUGGAAGCGCGGGAUCAUCCAGCGGAGGAAAGCAAAGCAGGACAGUGUGGGUGACAGGGAAAGGGAGAGAGACGUCUGUCUCCUGCAGGUGGAAGUCAGAUCCACUCCCUCAGAUGGGCUGAGUGACACAGACAGCUCUGUGACAGCUAAUUUGGGAAGUGACAUGUCACUCAGUCCAGAUCCUGGUCAGUGGCUGGAUGAAGACCCCAGAUCAGUGAGUCAGGUGUCUGUGGAAACAAUAGUUCCACUCCAUGAAAACCCAUUUAUUCUCACGCAGAGUGCAUGGAGGAAGGGCAGGGAUGCAGAUGUGGGCAAUGAAUCUGACUUAAAGGAAAAGGAGAAAGAAAAAACAAGCCCCAGGGGGCAAGCUGGAGAGUCGGGGAGGGGACGAGAUAUAGAGCUGAAGAUGGAGAGGUUCAGAGAUUUAAGUGAGGGACGAGAAAAGGAGAGAAGCUGGGACAGGAGUCAGGGAAGAGAAAGAGAUAACGGCAGGGAGAGAUGGGAAAAUGAUAAAAGCCAAUGCAAAGAGUCAGUUAAAGAUGCAAUGAGGGACAAGGAAUUCCUUAAGGGCAGAAAAGACGACGGGGAGGAAGAAACUGACUCGCCAUCUGGUUCUGGUUCAUAUUCUCCUCUCUUACCUUCUUUGCGAACCAUUCGAGCCGACAACAUCAUCAUUAUCGAACAGGACAGGAAAGGUGACGAGGAGAGAUGGGGGAGAUGGAGAGAGGUGGAGGGGGAGAGGCCAGAGGAGGAGCACCAGGGGAAGAGAGGGAUGAAGAUGGAUCUGAGGGAGAUCCUGGCUGGAAAAGGGAGUGUCACUGAGAUCCGUGCAUCUGAGGUUCUGAUUAUAAAACCUUCUGCAAGCCCUGAAGAGAGGACUACGGGAGGGAAAGGGAGAGAGGAUGGAGAGAUGAAGUGCAGCAUGCAUGUAAGGAAGGAGAGUAAUGGCAGGGAGCUCAGAGCAGACAUGUCAGGGAUGAGAGAAAAAGAGAAAGAGCCAGUAAAGGGGAAAGAAAGACCGUGGGGCCAGGCAACAGUUAUUAAAGAAAACAGGAAGGACAACCUGGAGGAUAAUAUGUUUGUUGAGAAGGGAGGGAGGGUUAGCCAGCUGCUGAGUAAAUUUGGAGAGCAUCCUAAGCCGCCACUUAGAUCCAAAAGCUCUGAUAACUUCUUACGACCAGGUAGGAGAAAAAACUCAGGAGAUGAAGAUGACCAACAGUCUGAGGAGAGGAACGUAGAAGGGAGGAAUGUGCUCCCGAAGCGCUCGUUUAGCUUCUCUGAUCGUGUCAUCUCUGCAAAAGAGAAUGGUUUAGAUGAUGAAAGAUGCUACAAGAGGAAAACACAGGAGAGGGAGCACUCAGACAAGAACGUGGCACCAUGUGUGGAUGUAGCAGAUUUACAGAAGGAAACAGCAGCAAAGAUCAAAGUGCCGUGUACACGACUUUUAGAUAAAGACAGGUUUGGAAAAUGUAGGGAUGGAUAUGUAAAAAACGAUGAAAAAGUGUCCUUACAGAGGAGACAUGAGGCAGAACCACGUAUCUCUAUCCAAAACAGGAGUGAAGUGAAGAAAGUCGAGCCUAUCGAUACGAGGGCUCCAAAAACGUCAGGUGACGGAGGCGGAGACGAGGGGUUCAUGGUUGCAUCCGUCAAAAACACAGAGGGAAUCUCAUUUGCUAGAAGAGUUCCAAUCAGGAAAGACGGGAAAUCGAGAGCUGAAAUAGAAGCAAAGCUGGUGUCUGGUGAGAAGAGUUUGGUAAGAGAGGUGAGUGUAGAGAAAGAGGCAGAAGUUGGCAACACAAGGGUGUCUGAUUUGGUGAGACGAGAUGAAUUUGAAAGCACAAUCCCUCCUGAAACUCUGCAGAAUUAUCUCACAGCUGCAUCAACAGACAUAGUGAGUCCAUGCCUCACUGAUGAGAGCCACUACAGACCCGAACCAUCUUUCACAGACUGCUCUCGUCUACUGUGUACAGUCACUGACAGAGCCGGAGACCCCCAACCCAGACCUGAGUGGAGUGGUCCCCACCUAACACACUCUGUGUUGUCCUGGCACGCAGAUGAACUCAUUGGUAAAAUAGAAAAAAUAGGAGACACAACUGUUUAUAGCAAUAAGGGAGGAGAAGGGGCUUACAGGCCUGCUCACGAACUGAAAAAAGAGAUUACUUAUGAAGGCCAACUUUACAUAGAUGAUGCAUCAGAGAGCCUCAUUCAGGAUUUAACGCCCAGAUCUCCAAAAAGGAUCCCACCUCCAGUUCCCCUGGAGAUUCAAAUCCCCAUGACUGUGUUUUAUGUUGCAGAAGACAUGGUGGAGAGAAAAAAGACUCUAGGUCAAAACAACGAGGGGCAAGACUGGGAGGGAGGACAAGGGGUCGAGAGGAGGGAUAGCUGGAGGAUUGGGAAGCCCUUGAGCCGGAUCGAGUCCCUUCGGGAGAAAAUUAGACAAAGGGCGUUGGAGAAGCUGAGACAAAAAGAGAAACUGGACGGAGAGGGGAGCGUGGCUGCGGAGAUCAGCGAUUGUCAGACAGCUGGGGAAAGCGACGAUGAGAGGGGAGCUGAAAUAGAGGAAGAAUGGGAAGCUGCGGCUCAUGUACGGAAGGAGCUGUCUGAAGCAGAUACGGUACAGGAAGACACAGCAGCGCAGGCGUCCAUGGCUGCCUUUGACGUCACGCAGGAAGUGUUGAAAAUGUGCCCUCAGCUUCCUGUUUCUGUCCCACACUCACAAGCUGUCAGAGGAGAGGAAGUAACAAGUGGCUACGCCACUGCUGCUACUGCUGCUGCUGCUGCUGCUGCUGCUGAAGUGAUCUCUGAUAGCUCUCAGACAUCCGAGGAUGACGAUGAACCCCUGAAACAUGAAGAGGAACAGCUGAGGUACCACAGGAGUCAACACGACAGUGGAGAAGAGAGGGAGACCGAAGAGCACGAGCUGUCAGAGGAGGAGGACGGAGAGGAAUAUAUAUCAGCUCUCAACCCGACACAACCUGAAUCACUUUCACCCCCUCAUCCCAACUCCCUCGCAGCUAUGAGCCGGAUCUACAAUCUGGAAACUGUUGGCUCAAGAACAGGCUUGUGUCUGAGGGAGAGGUCUGUGGACAUCUCACCAGUGCACCUUGUUAAAGUGACGCCUCAUAUAUCAAAUGCUCAGAAGGGAGAGAACAAAACCUUGUCAGGUGAAGACAUUUGUGGAGUUCAGAAGAUACAACGACAGAUAGAGCAGUUUCAGCUGAAAGAGCAGGAGGCUCUGAAGUCUUAUACGUCAUCGAAUUUUCCCCUAAGGGACAGAAAAACAAGGCAGGAAAGUCCCAAAGACUUGUUAAAGUACAAGAUAAAGGACGAUGUCAAGACACAGGAGAAGGAUCAGUCAGAACCAAAGGACAAAGUGUUGCCUCAGCGUGUUUGGUCUCCAACAUCCCAGGUCAAGCAAACUAUCACCAUCAACCCCUCAUUUCUCAGGAGCCAGUCCCCAGACAAUUCUCUGAAAUCCUUGGAUUGUGCCCCAACACCAGCCUCCUCCCCGAGCUCCCUAUCUCCCACCCAGUCUCCCAGUGACUCUCCAUCACCCACCCCCUCACCCACACUUUUCUCUGUGAGGAGUGCGUCUGGGGGCCAGGUGAAGAGAGGUGCCACCAUCACAAUCAGUCCAAAAAGACAUGGUGCUGCAGGAGGAGGUGGAGGAACAGGGUCCACAACAGGGUAUACAUCGACAGGGCCGACUCCCGCUGCAACUCCAUCACAGCAGCCCCAGAUGAGCCCCGCUGUGGCUGAACCAGUGAAGAAGAAGUACCCCACGGUGGAGGAGAUCCAGGUGAUUGGUGGAUAUCAAGUUCUGGAGAAGUCUAGUCUGGUGAAAAACAGAGCGAUGCCAAAAAGGGUGAAGGUGUGUUUUGACGUGGACCAGCUGGAGCAGGUGUAUGAGUACCCGUCAGAGACCUCCAUGCUGGUGGCUGGGUUGCACGCUCAGGAUCUUGGGAGGCAGCAGGGAGAGGGGGCACAGGUGGAGGACGCUGGCGUGGACGGAGGAGUGAUCACGUCUAUGAGCACAAGGAUUGUUGGGACUGCAAUGGGACGUGGUCUAAGAGUGGAUGAGUCUUGCCCUCGGUCAUCUUCACCAAAUUUGCCCUUGUGAUGAGAUCACCAACAUUAUGUUGAGCAAUAAUCUUUUCUAUGUUUCAUGUUAAUACCUGAGUGUUGUGUCACUGUGUUUUGUUUUGUGUAGGCAUGGCGUCAGAAUGACUGCGUGUGUAAGAAAUGUACAGUUCAGUUUGUUUUAUGCAGUUGUAAGAGAGUCAUUUGUGUUAACUGUGCUACGAAUGGUACAUAUUGUAAAAGUUUUACAAGACCCUCAGGUUGUUUAUACAAUAUGAAGAAACUGAUAAGAUUUAUAUAUUUUAGCUACUGUAUUUGAUAGUGUCUUCUAUACGAUUUUCUAAAAUUAAAUCAGCACUGCCUCAACACAGAAGAGUAUUUUAUCAUCUGUGUUCAUGUGCCUGCUGGAUUUGCCCACACAGAUGAUAUGAAAGGUAUUUGGUUUUUCUCGGUUGACGCCUUUCAGAAAAAAAGGUGGGUGCUGGAAUGAGCUUUUGGUGUACUUUGCAUGGUUUUUAUCUUAUUAGAGGUUUAUUUGAGCCUUGCUGUUCAAACAAAAAACCCUGGUAAUAGUACAGUUACUAUGUACAGUUUAAAUAUAUAUAUGUGUAUAUAUAUACAUGUAUAUACAGUUUACUGUAUAUACGGUACUGUAAAUACGGAAGUGAAGAAAGUUGACUAGAAGUCUCUGUGACUAUUUGACCUACACUUAAAUUAACUAUGGUAUUACCUUCAGCAUAUUACAGCUGCUAUCUGACUUUUAGCUCUAUAUAAGUGUUAUAUUGCAAACUGUUAAAGACAUACUGUUUAUAAAUGAAUAUUUUAAUUGGGAAAAACAGAUAUGUAUUAUAUAAAUGAUGUGCAUAUUCUGUGCAUAUACAUGUUUUCCUAUGAUGUUAAAGAAGCUGGCUUCAGGAGAAAAAUAAACCUAAUAAAUAA